AUGGCCUUCUACGAGGAACAGGGGGGCGACGCCCCUGGGCGCUUCAACAAGAACUAUGAUGCUCCCGUCGGACCCCGGCGGCCUCGUCUGGUUACGGAUUACGGCUCGUCGAUGGUGCAAUGGAUGCGGACGCGACGACCCCGAUGGAAAGGCGAACACCGCAUGGAGGUGGAACGGCCGAGUGCGAGCUUCACUGUGGACAUGCUGCCGCCCGUUGCGCGAACACACCGCGCCGUCGACACGAUUCCCGUACGACAUUUGCAUCAGUCGAUUGGAAAGUCGAAGAAGCCGAUUGUCGUCGUGCGAUGGACGCCCGAGGGACGACGACUGCUGACCGGUGGACACACGGGAGAAUUUAUGCUCUGGAACGGGACAGCCUUUAAUUUCGAGACCGUCAUGGAUGCUCACUACGAUCAAGUUCAAGCAGGUGUCACGUCCCUCGCGUGGGCGCAUAGUCAGGAAUGGUUGAUCUCCGGUGGACAACGAGGCGACAUUAAAUACUGGCGACCCAACUUCAACAACGUCGAGACCAUUGACGACGCACACCACGAUGCGGUCCGCGAUCUCUCGUGGUCCCCCAGUGACACGAAAUUCGUCUCCGCCUCCGACGACACCACCCUCAAAAUCUUCGACUUCACUUCGCGGACCUGCGAAACAGUCUUGUCCGGACACAACUGGGACGUCAAGUCCUGCGAUUGGCACCCGACAAAGGGUCUGCUGGUAUCGGGAUCCAAGGACCACCAGGUCAAAUUCUGGGAUCCGCGGACCGCGCGAUGCCUCACUACACUGCAUAGCCAUAAGAAUACGGUCACAGCCACACGGUUUUCACGAGUUAAUAGCAAUCUACUCGCGACCUCGUCGCGGGAUCAGACGGCACGCGUCUUUGAUUUGCGGAUGAUGCGUGAUAUUUGCAUUUUGCGGGGCCAUGAGAAGCCCGUCUCGUCGCUGACAUGGCACCCCAUUCACAGCAACCUUAUCUCUACCGGAGCCGAGGACGGUUCCCUGUAUCACUACCUACUCGAUGAACCAAACCUACCCACGGGUCAGAUACCCACUGUGGCACCGUACGACAGCCCCGACCCAGCGAAUACGCCGCCGCAAGUCAUCUUCCCAGCCCAUCGGGUACAGUAUGCUCAUGCAGCUACGAUUUGGUCUCUGGACUGGCAUCCACUAGGCCACAUUCUUGCAUCUGGUUCAAAGGAUAAUUUCACUCGAUUCUGGUCGCGCGCUCGAUCGGGUGAGACUAGUUACAUGAAGGACCGAUUCCAUAUCGGUGAAGAAGCCGCCGAAGCCCAGGGGACCUGGAACCGCGGGUUCGGCCGUCGGCAGAUGCGCGAGGAAGAGGAGCAAGAAGAUCAAGAUGAGGCCGACAGUCUGCCCGACCAGCGACGAUCCGCAUUGCCCGGUACCCAAACGACAGACAACCAAGUGGAUGGGCCUGGAAUGCUUCCAGGAAUCGGCGCUGCUCAACCCCCACCCCCGCCAGGUGGCUUGCCAGGCAUGGGCGGAAUGGAUCCUGGCCGUUUGGCUGCGAUUAUGGGCUCACAACCCCCGGCGCAACAAGGCGGUCAUCCAAACCAAGGCCUGCCGCCUGGUUUCCCCAUGCUUCCUGGCAUGUCGGGGGUGCCUCCACCUCCGCCUAUGAAUAUGAAUCUUGAUAUGGCACAGCUGCAGAAACAGCUGAUGGCACAGGGGAUUCAGUUGCCGGCGAAUAUGAACCUCCAGAAUCUGGCGGCCGGGCUUGGCGGUCUGCCUGGUUUGCAGGGGAGUAUGCCGGAUAACGGGCGCAAGUGA